CUGCUGACACGUAUUGAGAUUGUUAUACUUCAUUGUAAAAAAUUCUGUUUCUACUGUGGUCAAGAUGUUUGUGGAUGAGCGGAUUUUGACUCUGUUCAAAAGGAAUGCCCACCACACACUGACCUACUGGAGUGUUUUUUUCAGCUUUGGACUGUGCAUUGCCUUCCUCGGACCUACAAUUUUGGACUUGCAAUGUCAAACAAAGUCAACACUUAGUCAGAUUACCUGGGUAUUCUUUGCUCAGCAGUUCUGCUUGUUGAUUGGCAGCUCUAUUGGUGGUGUUUUUAAAAGGACGUUGUUCAGUGCUCUAGCUGCCUUAUUUGUCUCUGCUCUCACCAUCUCCAUAAUAUUUGCCAUCAUCCCUCUGUGCAAUAAUGUUCUCGUGCUUGCCAUCGCCAUGGCUGUGUCUGGGUUUGCGAUGGGCAUUAUUGACACCAUCGCGAACAUCCAACUGGUGUCCAUUUAUCAGAGGGACUCGGCUGUUUUCUUACAGGCUCUUCAUUUCUUCAUUGGGUUCGGAGCCCUGGUGAGCCCACUGAUUGCAGACCCUUUCCUCUCAGAAACGGGAUGUGGGAAUCAUACGGAGAAUGGGACUCAGAUCAUUCAUCAUUUCAGGAACGUGCUGAGAAACAGUCCCAUUGCAGAGCACAACAUAACUCAGAGUGACCUGCCCCAUGAGGGAGGGGAAGAGGAGUCCAAUGUGCACUAUGCUUUCUGGAUCAUGGCGCUUAUCAAUCUGCCCGUGCCCAUUGCAGUCCUGUUCCUGAUGUAUCGGGAGCAGCUGAUCCCAUGCUGCCCCAGCAGCACACCUCGUCUUCUGGACAAAGAUGAACUGGCAAUGGAGAACCAGCAGGGGGCCGAGGGCUCUGAUGUGGAGCAGAGGGAACAUGAAGCUGGAGGUCAUGGGGAUAUCUUUAGCUGCUGUCAGAAUGAUAACCUGCGCGGGCUGCCAGUAUCCUUCUUCAUGAUUCAUAUCCUCGGUGGGAUGGUGCUCUUCAUGACCGAUGGUAUUGUGGGGGCAUAUGCCGGCUUCGUGUACACCUAUGGUGUAGCACCACCUAUAUCACUGCCUCAUAAGACAGCAGGUUACCUGGCGAGUAUCUUUUGGGCAGCAAUCACUGCUGGACGUCUGUUGUCCAUUCCUCUCUCGUACCGUUUCCAGCCUGUCAGACUGCUCAUGUUCAACCUGGCAGGUGCUAUUGUUACCGUCUUGAUGCUGCUUAUUUUCUACACCAGCAGCACAUUUCUGUUUGCCGGGACAUGUUUAUGCGGGCUUUUCCUCAGCAGCAUAUUCCCUUGUAUGCUCGCCUAUACUGAAGACAUCCUUGAUUAUCAGGGAUGUGCAACAUCAGUCCUGGUGACAAGUGCGGGGAUGGGAGAGAUGGUAAUGCAGGUUCUGGUUGGCUCAAUUAUCCAGACUCAAGGCAGCUACAGCUUCCUGCUGUGUGGAAUGAUAAUCGCCUGCAUUGGCUUUAUCGUCUUCAUUGGUCUCCUGCUGUUCCAUCGAAUGCACAGAAAUUACCUCACAGGAACAUCAAAAAAGUCAGCCAUGGUGGAGGAACCGGCAGCAGAGCAGAAUGGAUCUGCCAAAACAGAACAGAAAGAGGAGGCAGGAAGCAGCUGAGAAGGGCAGCAGCUGUGUUUUGUCCUUUACUGGCUACUGUAAGGGGUUGAGGUAUUACAACAGUCUAUCAUCAAAGAUGGAAGAUCAAAGAUGUUUUACCAAAGCCUCCUAAAUGAACAUUUUGCUGAUGUACUUUAAUUGUGAAAAUUAGAUAUUUGCAAAGUAGAUAAGGUGCUCCUGUUAGUUUAUAGUUCAAACUAGUAGAUUAUUUUUCUCUAAAUCACAGCGUUCAUCAAAUUGUAGAAUCUGUUUUAUAUUGUAUUAUGAUUUCCCAAACUAUGAUCAUUUUUUUUCUGUUUUGUUGUUUUAAUUGUAAUAUUUUGUUUUCAUAUUGUUUAAUAUGUUUUUGCAUAUAUUUUGGCAUAUGUACAUGGCAUACUGUAUACUAUGUGUAUU